AUGCGCCUCCCCUUUCUGUUCCUGCUUUUUCCUGUCUCCUCUGUUGGCGGUUGUUCCCUCGUACCCCUUCCCUUUUUGUCCCUCGCUGUACAGUGGGCCCCAAGUACUUGGCAGCAAAUCACCACACAAUCUCCAUACAUUACUGCUCCGAGUGACCUGCGCGCACUCAAGCCCGCCAGGUACCAAGUGCCUGUAAUCAUCGUACUGACCUACGCCCGCUCCCCCCUUCUUCUCGUCUCACCUGGACCGUUCUCACCGUUGCCUCUUACUCGCAAACACACUCACCCGUCGCCGUUGCUCAAUAUCGCGGAAGCAUUUUACGCCCUCGUAUCCGAGGGCACACUCACACCACCACACACCCCAGCCGCGACGCCAACGAUCUCCUUUUCCUCCCCUAAUAUCAACCCUAUCCACUCUGCAAUUACACUCACUCCAGUCGCUCCUUUCUCGUGCUCUGCCUUCAAUUUCCAUCUUGCAUUAAUCGACAUUUCGUCCUUCUGCAACGUCCCGCCUCAGACACGCUGCUUCCACGUAACACUGACCGCCACGCCUCACCUUCACCUCGACUCGACGCGACUCAGUCUGCUCUCGCCCACAGCGUCACCAAACUCAUCUGCAUGCAAUCCCAAUAGAUCGCAGGCUCGUCCGCUGAGCCCACCAAAGGCCCUCCUUCAGGCUCUCCCGUAUCCUCUGCAGAGCAACACCAACACCCGCAACAACGCCGUCAAAAUGACAGUCGCUGGUGAACUCACACACCGCGGCCAGCCUCACGACUCGCUGGCGCUCGAGGAUCGCUUUGAGAUCCUCAAGGAGAUUGGUGAUGGCUCCUUCGGUAGUGUCGUUCUCGCUAGGGUCCGCACGGCCGGCGCCAACGUCGCACGCCGUGGCUCUGUCGUAUGUUCUCUCCUCUUUGGCCCUUCCGCUCCCGGCUACCAUGCAAUGCUAACUUCUGCUCAACAGGUUGCCAUUAAGUCAAUGAAGAAGACGUUCGACUCGCUCCAGCCAUGCCUCGAGCUUCGCGAAGUCGUCUUCCUCCGAACAAUCCCCCCGCACCCUCAUCUGGUCCCCGCUCUUGACAUAUUCCUCGACCCGUACAGCAAGAAGCUGCACAUUUGUAUGGAAUACAUGGAAGGCAACUUGUACCAGCUUAUGAAAGCCCGCGACCACAAGUGUCUCGACAACGCCAGCGUCAAAAGCAUCCUGCUGCAGAUCAUGCAUGGACUCGAGCAUAUCCAUGCCCACCAGUUCUUCCACCGAGACAUAAAGCCCGAAAACAUCCUCGUAUCUACCUCAUCACAUCAAGAGUCGUCCAAUUCUUUCCGCCGGUACUCCGCCCUCGUCACCCCCCCCUCAACGCCACCUGCAUACACCGUCAAGCUCGCUGAUUUCGGCCUGGCCCGUGAAACCCACUCCAAGCUGCCAUACACGACCUACGUUUCCACGAGAUGGUACCGCGCUCCCGAAGUUCUACUUCGAGCUGGCGAGUACUCGGCUCCUGUCGAUAUAUGGGCAAUUGGCGCCAUGGCUGUCGAGAUCGCCACCCUCAAGCCACUCUUCCCUGGAGGAAAUGAAGUGGAUCAAGUCUGGCGAGUCUGCGAGAUUAUGGGUAGCCCUGGUAACUGGCAUAACAAGGCUGGUCAGCGUGUUGGCGGUGGAGAGUGGAGAGAGGGCAAUCGACUGGCCAGCAAGCUUGGCUUCUCCUUCCCCAAGAUGGCACCUCACGCCAUCGACACAAUUCUGCAAGCCCCUCAAUGGCCUGCAUCCCUAGCGCACUUUGUUACCUGGUGUCUGAUGUGGGAUCCUAAAGUCCGUCCUACAUCUACCCAAGCCCUUGCGCACGAGUACUUUGCCGACGGUGUCGACCCUCUUCGCCCCAGGUCAGCUGCUUCCAAAAUUCUGGGCCGCAAGCAGUCCGACCUUGGUCGCACGACCAAAGAAGCAACCUCAGGAAUCACAUCGUCAAGGUCGUCUUGGUUCCGCAAGUCACUCAUCGGCAGAAGCGAAGCUCCCGAACCAGCGGUUGUCAAAGAUCUUACCCCUCGACCCGCCGUUGUGCACGCGGCUUCUUCGAAUGAUCUCACAUCCGCGCGUACGACCAAACGAAGCACAUGGGCCAACGGUCUAUCCAACGUGGCUCCUAUGCCCAUCCUUCCUAGCAUCCGACCAAUUUCACCCCUCUCAGACGCGGUGACAGCUCGCGGUAAUAAUGGACCUGCCGACGCACCUCCACCCGUCGGCAUCACCCAGGAGAAGAAGAAGCUCGGCAGACAAUUGUCUGUCGCGUCUAGCACCAAUAACUACAACACUGAAAUGCACCGUCUGCAAGCUGAGCGUGCGCUGAAUGGCCAUACUGGUCUUGCUUCACCCCCUAGUGGCCAAAAGGAAAGCUUCUUCUCGCAUCUUCGCAAGCGCGCACGUCGAUUUUCUGGUCGUCACCAGACCCCCGUCUCACCCGCCUUUGAAGAGAUUGAGCCGCAGGUCGGCUGUGGUCCUUGGAACAGCAACAGGUCGUCGUUGAUAAUGGAUCAGUCGGGAGCCCCAAAGCCGGAAAUGUACGAGUCUCUAGAUCGUGCUCUCCAGAAACCCCACAACGGCGUUGCCCCGGCUCCCCCGAUGCACCAUGCUUUGUCGGCAAGCAAGCUUAAGCGACACCACUCCCUUCCUCAGCAGCAACCUCGUUCCGUCGACAACCUCAUCGGUGCCGCGCGAGGCGGUCCAAUUUCAAGCCGCACGCGCCGCUCGCAGGCAACGCAUGGCGUUCACCAGUACGAAGCGCCUGCUGAAGAGGAUGAGUUGUUGGAUGAAGUCCUCAACUCAACCCAACAUGCUAUGAACCGUCUAGAUGGGACCAACCGCAAACCCCUCCGUCAGUCGAUCAGCAAUAUUGGCCUUACGUCCCAACCGUAUCCUAGCCCAUCACCAUCGGCUAGCGGCAGUCAAAUUUUGUUUGCUGAUGGGAGCGAGACAAUGACUCCACGACCUCUGGACCUUGGCCGGAAAACCAACAGCCAGUACAAGUGGCCCACGCCCCCAUACGAGGGCGGCGAGUGGAACUCUUCCAGCUCUAACAACCUUUGGGCUACCGGCAACCGGAUCUAA